GAUUAAACACUAAAUAGUAAAAAUUUUGAAUUUGUGAUAUAAAUAAGAAUGUGAUGUUUUUAGAUAUAAUAUAAAAAUAAAAAAUAAAUACGAUUUGAUAUUUUUGGGGAAAUUUGAUAGGAAUAAUGAAAUUCCACCAAAUCUUUCAAACAAACGCACCCUUUAAAAGUAUUUUAAUUUUUAUACCUUAAUUUAUAUCCUAAAAUUUGAGAAUUGCUUCCAACGUGUGAAGUAUUUAAGAGUUACACAAACACGCUGUGUGGCCCGCGGAGACGCAUACAUAAAUGUUGCAUAUAUCCAUUAUGCUACCGUGCACUACCCCUGCGUAAGAUAGAGCAAAGCGAUUCCUGUUUAUAAACCCCUAGGGAUUAAAACAGCUAUAACUUCCCUCCUUCCUCAUACAUACUGCACUCGCGCCGCUCACUUCUCUACCGUGCGAUCUCUGGAUCUGCUGACGUCUCACCUUUCCAUCGCAUUUGAGUUGAAAUUUCAUCGUAUAUUUGGUGUCUGUGGAUUUGAGGAAUGGCGGUGGGGCGGUGGAGAGAAUGCAGAGGUGAUUUGAUGGCGGAAGGGGCGAAAUCGCUGCAGCGUCGGCUGAGGGAUCGUUUCAGAGUUACUGCGGUGAACUAUCACCGUCGCAGGAAUAUAAGGAUCAGCGGCGGGAGAUACUUUUCAUCUACAGUUCAGCGGUGGCUUGAUCGCCUUUCCGAUUUUCGUCGCGAUUCUCUGCCAUCUUCCUCCACUUUUUACCACAAGAGAGUGAGUAAAGAUAUUGAUGCAGAAUAUGAUUCAGUACUGACCCGCAUGCUCCAAGCUGUAGCUGUUCCUGUGAUUGGAAAUGUUUGCCAUGUUUUUAUGCAUGGUCUCAACCGUAUUCAGAUAUUUGGUGCAGAUAAAUUGCAAAAUGCAGUGUUGCAUCGACCAGAGAACAAGUCACUGAUUACGGUUAGCAAUCAUGUUGCAGCUAUGGAUGACCCUUUGGUUAUAGCUUCCUUACUUCCUCCUAGUAUGAUGUUUGAUGCAAAUGGAGUAAGAUGGACACUUUGUGCAUCUGAUAGAUGUUUCACAAAUCCAGUUACAUCAGCAUUCUUCAAGUAUGUGAAAGUGUUCCCAGUUUCUCGUGGGGAUGGAUUAUAUCAGAAGGGGAUGGACCUUGCUAUUUCCAAAUUAAACCGAGGUGGGUGGGUUCACAUAUUCCCAGAAGGUAGUCGCUCUCGAGAUGGUGGGAAAACAAUACGUCCUGCCAAAAGAGGCAUUGGGAGGUUGGUCUUGGACGCCGACAAUGUACCCUUGGUUGUUCCCUUUGUGCAUACUGGAAUGCAAGAGGUCAUGCCUGUAGGAGCCAAGUUCCCAAAAAUCGGCAAAACAGUGACCAUUCUUGUAGGCGAGCCCAUUAGUUUCGAUGAUAUAAUCGAAGGGGACAGGGAAAGCAUACCAAGAGGAGAACUCUACGAUGCUGUCUCCGCCAGAAUCAGCAUCCAUCUCCGAAACCUAAAGUUACAAGUCGAAGCAUUAGCCAUCGAACAAGCUCUGCAUCUCCAAAACAAUCCCUCACAUUCCCCUGAACGAGCAGCUGAACUUCUGCAAAACAUCGACUGGGAAUCACAUGGGAUCACAAACCACAUGUCAGUCGAGAACCCCGCUCCAAGGGAACAUGCCCAUACCUUAUCCGUAGAACCAACCCCAACCCCAACCCGGCUCUACGCACAGGAAACAAACCUGCAAUUCCAAGAAGGUGGAUUCGUGUCGAGGAUACGAGGGUACAUGGACUCGACAGAACUGAUGGUUUUCUCUGCACGCGGUUUGCUUUCUCACCGUAGAACUACUACGAAUACAUACUUGCCAAUUCUAGAAUCAGUUAGUCCUCUAAAGGCAUGGAAUAACUUUUGGAAGUCCAUGUCCGGAAACCAUCACUUCCUCCCUAAUUCAGUAGCGUUCAAUGAGGCUAUGCAAUGUUAGAAAAAUUCAGCAUAGCAGAGUAGCCAGUAGGGUAGGGUAGGGUAGGGUUGUGUUGUGUUUUUAUCCGUCCUUGUUAAUAAUAAAUAAAUAUAUAAUGCUAGUAGUAGGUUGUUUCUGAAGUGGGAAAGUAAGAAAAACCCCUCUUAUUUUGUCACGCUCUUACAUCGGUCAUUAAAGUUAAGACAAUCCAAGCCUUUUGUGUA